UAUAUUUUCUUCCUCUCCCUUCUCCUUAUAAGUUUGUAUAAUUUUGCUACCUAGAUAUUAUAUAUUCAAACUACAUAUAUACAUAUUCACAAAAAUGGUUAACGUACUAGAGAAAUUAUUUGGCUCUUUUGUCUCAGCCAUAACUAGUUAUUGUGUUUUUCAAUAUCAUCAUCCUCAUCAUCAACAAGGCACCAACAAACACAAAAUGACUAAGGCUACUAGACCACUUUCUUUACAGACUGUGGAACUCAAAGUAAGGAUGUGUUGUAGUGGAUGUGAGAGAGUUAUUAAAGAUGCUGUCUACAAGCUUAGAGGAGUAGAAUCGGUAUCGGUAGAGCUAGAGAUGGAGAAAGUAACGGUGGUGGGAUAUGUGGAUCGAAAUAGGGUGCUAAAAGCAGUGCGGAGGCAUGGGAAGCGGGCGGAAUUUUGGCCAUACCCAAAUCCCCCACUAUAUUUCACAACAUCAAAUAACUACUUCAAAGACAUGACUAGUGAAUAUAGAGAUAGUUACAAUUACUGGCGCCAUGGUUAUAAUGUUGCGGACAAACAUGGCAAUCUUCAUGUUACUCAUCGAGGUGAUGACAAAGUUAGUAACCUCUUUAACGAUGAUAAUGUCAAUGCAUGUUGUCUCAUGUGAUCGAUCGAUCGACGAUCGAUCGAUAUAAUAUAAUGAAGUAUAGGAUAUGAUGUGUAUUGUGUAACGUAAGGCAAUAUGUAUGUAUACCUACAAUAUAUGUAAUGCAACUAGUUGUUAAUUAGUACUAAUUAUUUUCUCAGUUUAAAUUUA